AAACGCUGAUCUAGAGCAUUUUUCCUUCUUCUUCUUCUGCAGUCAUAAAGCCACAAGGGGAAAGACUCUGCACAUGCUCAAGGGGACUCAUCCCUUGUGGCUUUUAUCCCCAGACCAUCAUGACAGCACUGCCUUGUUCUUCCCUGCAGAAUCCGAUCCCAGCCUUCCUCCUCCAAGCCAGAGCUGGCUGGUCCAGCCCCAGCUAAGCCAGAGUGAUGGACGUCCCCCCCCCACCCCAGCUGGAUCUUGGCCUCCGGGCCCACAUUUCCUGGGAAGCCAGCUUUCCUGCGCCAGCUCCUUGGCUUCUGUGGCCGAGGGGACGGGACGUACCCCUCUGCCUCUCCGCCCGAGCCUCGGGACUCUGUCUCCCUUUGUCUACGAGGGUCUCUGCGGCAAGUGGAGCCUGCCAAGCCGCAAAGGACUGAAUGGGUUAGGGGGCAGUGAGAGCGAAUUCCCGCCUGGAACACCCCCCCCACACGCAAAGGACAACUCUUCAGUCAUGUCUGAUGCUGUUGCCGCCUUGGGGACAGUCGGCACUGGAGGGAGCCCUAAACCUCAGCCUCCUGUGCCAGGACCAGUCCCCGAGGCCACGACCAGCACCCCCAGCCCCCUGCCUCUGGAGCCAUCCGCUGUCCCUCAAGGACCCCAUCCCCACCUCGAGCCUGACCCUCUGGUAGCCGAAUGGGGGCGGCCGCGAGAAGAGGAAGACAGUCCCGCCGCCGGGCAGCCCCUCCUGGAUCAUCAGUACUGAAUUGGAGGGGGGGACACUCUAUGGCGUCGUACAGAACUACGGGCUGGUCCCGUUUGACUCUUCCUGGCUUCCUCCCCCCCCGCCCAACACCUCCUCUGCUCCUUUUCUCACCCACACCAGCCAGCCUGAUUCAUCCUUUUUUCCCUGGAAGACCAAGGACAGCAAUACAGGCCUUGCCUGCGACUUCUUCCAUUUGCAUCUCUCUCCCCCCAAAAAAUCUUCCACUUGCCUGCAGGGGCAGGCUCCCCCCCCGCCACAAAUCACAAGGACCCGCCUUGCGCACUCUGUGUCAUUACUGAGUGAUGCUCAAGGCCCCCCCUUUUUUUUUCUGCUCUUGUUGUCCCUUGAGAUUAAUAAUAAUGAUAAUA